UCAAACUAAUAUGCCUUUCAAGAAGAUGUCGUGGUUCUUUGAUCGUAUGCAUGAAGAAGCUCACAAAAUCAAGGAGAAGAUCAAGGAAAAAAGCCGUAAGAGGAAGGCUCCAACUGCAGAUGAAGCAAUUGGAAAUUUGAGAGAUGCUGAAGAACUUUUGAUCAAGAAACAGGAAUAUUUUGAGCUUCGUAUUGAACAAGAGGUUGAGUCGGCAAAAAAGUAUAUGAAGACAAAUAAGAAGAUGGCGUUGGCUGCAUUGAGAAAGAAGAAACAUUACGAACAGGAAUUGAGCCGAAUUGAUGGGGUUCUCACAAAACUAGAAGCCCAGAGAACUGCGCUGGAAAAUGUCGGAAUGCACAAUGAAGUUAUCGACGUACUCGGAAAGACUACUGAAACUUUGAAGAAAGAACACGCUAAGAUGGAUAUUGAUAAGGUUCACGAUUUGAUGGAUGAAAUUGCCGAUGGAUUGGCAAUGUCUGAAGAAUUGAAUGAAGCAAUCUCGGCUCCAAUUGGUGAUGUGGCAGAUGAGGAUGAGCUGAUGCAAGAACUGCAGGAGUUGCAGGAUAAUGUGGCCGAUCUUUCAACUACCACAAAACUUCCGGAUGUUCCUGCUACCCUCCCAGAAGCACCUUCUGGAGAACUGACCCGUGCCGGACGCCGUGGCAAGUUCCGCAAGAUGAGUACAAUGGAGGAAUUGGAGCAGUGGGCCGCAUCAAACUAAUCCUCUAUGAUACAGAAUCUACAUCAUUUGUUCCAUUUUCUCGGUACAAAAUAUCUACUUUUGAACACCUCGUAUUUAACUAUUAUUUGUUGAGAGUUUGUCCCCCUUCCGUCUUUGAUUAUAAAUUGAAUAAAAACAAAACAACUG